AUGGACAAAGGGAUGAUUGUGAAGAAUAUGUCCUUCAAAGUCGGUCAGACUCUGACUCUGGUGGGAACAACCAAACCGGACGCUACAUAUUUCGUGGUGAACAUCGGGCCGGAUGAGAAGGAGAUCACGAUGCACAUGAACCCUCGCUUCGACGCCCACGGAGACCAGAAGACCGUGGUGUGUAACUCUUACCAGGGCGGCUCCUGGUGCGAGGAGCAGAGGAUCACCAGCUUCCCCUUCCAGCUCGGGGGAGAGUUCACGAUCAACAUCACGUUCAACCCGGCAGAGUUCCUGGUGGUUCUCCCUGACGGCUCCUCCUUCACGUUCCCCAACCGCAUGGGACUAGAAAAGUACUCCUUCAUCAACGUGGACGGAGACGCCCGCAUCAGCAGCAUCCAAAUCCAAUAA